AUGGCAGAGGAAAAUCAACUCGCUGUCUUCGAAGGGAAUACACCACCGACGCCGGUUUAUUCUCCACAGCCCGCGAUGAAUGCGCCACCACCACAUCAUGGGACUCCCUCGGCCCAUCUCCCACAACCGAUUUCAUCAAGCAUGUCACUACCGCUGGGGUACGCACCACCACCACCUGGGCACUCGCCGCCACCACCGAUGCACGCGCCGUCGUCGGCAACUCAAGCACCACCGCCUGCCCAUGAUCCUACUCGCAUGGCCACGCUCGAGGGCAACGUCACAACUCUUCAAAACACGGUUGACGUUAUGGCCGCUAAUAUGGCCGAGAUGAUGGCCUUGCUCAGGGGACCAAAUCACGCGUCUUCGAGCUCCAUCCCGCCUCUUGCACGUGGGCCAACUGUCGACCCCGCUCCUUGGGUCCCGCCAACUCAUGCAUCAGAGGGCGACAUAGCGGCCGCCCCCGCGCCAGCAAUUAUCCCAGUGCCCGCUCCUCAUCCGAAGCACGCGCCAGCAAUUCACCCAGUCGACUCCGGCCAUCCUCAGUCCACCAUUCCAGCAAUUGUCUCACUUCCGCCUAUGACGAUUCCCGUGCCGGAUCCGACCAUAUUCGCACCACCUCCUGUGUCCGUGCCAGCUCCAGCUACAGUUUAUACUGCUCCUCCGCCGAUGGGCUUCCCGACAUCGAACGCCCCUGUUCCCGCUCACACAACUGAGCCUUUCCCUCACCAAGCUCCACAACCCCAUAUCAGCCUCCCCUACCAAGCUCCACCUCCCAUAAAUAUUACUUUCUCCGAACCGGGCAUGCCGACUCAAGCGGCCCCCAGAGCUCCACCCACAAAUUUCUUUUCCGAAACAGAGACCGAACAGGAGAGGAGAUUGAAAAAGAUGGAAGAGACUAUCAGGGCCCUCCAAGCUAGUGAUCCCCGACAUAGCACUAGUUAUCUAGAUUCGACUCUCUUCCCGGGGAUGCAGUUACCCGCGAAAGUCAAAAUGCCAGAGUUCGAGAAAUACGAUGGAACCAAAGACCCGCGGCACCACCUUCGCCACUAUCAUACAAAGAUGCUUCAGUACUGGGACUAUGAACAGUUCGUCGUCGCCACUUUCCAAGAAAGUCUAUCAGGAUCGGCCCUUAAUUGGUUCAUGUCGCUUCGAGCGGAGGACAUCCCUUCCUGGACCGAACUGGCCAACAAGUUUGUUGAGCAGUAUCAGUACAACAUGGAGACGCCCCCGUCCUUCCUCGAGUUGAGCACGAUGGAAAUGGCAGAGGGGCAGAAGUUUGAGGAUUACGCCACGAAUUGGCGUUCGGAAGCAGCAAAACAUUUCCCUCCAAUUUGCGAAGCGCAGCAAAUCCAAAUGUUUCAUGGGACUCUCAAGGGGGCUUACUACUCUCACCUCAUGGGUCACAAGUCUACUUUCUCGGAGAUGAUUAUGGCCGGGAAGCAGGUAGACCUGGGUAUCAAACUCGGAAGGUUAGAGGGCCCGACAAAGAAAGGGGAAGGAGAGUCCUCGAGGAGGACUGCCUCAGCAGCCACCCCCACUGGCGGCAGAAGGAGUAAGGAGGCAUCAGUCAAUGCCAUCAAUGUGAGCCACAACGCGCCGCAACAGUACUCGGUGAGCUUCACGCCCGCGCCAUCUACCACCCCCGCGUAUGCUCCACCGCCUUCGCCCUAUCCGUCUCAGCAUCCCGCUCAACCGAUUUAUUAUUCGGCUCCGCCGACAGCAUUUCCAUCGGCCCCGCAACAAGUCGUCCAUCAUUACGCUCCCGCUCCUCCUCAGACCCCGCAGUACAGGCCUCCGACUUCGAGAACUCCUCAGCCGACACAACAGGCCCCAGCCCCACAGGGUCAACAAGGCGGCGCAAUGCAAGCUCGGCAGCGCAUACAGUUCACACCCCUGCCUACCCCGCUCUCCCACAUAUACAGGCAAAUAUUAGCCGGCGAAAUGAUCCGACCAACGGUUCCCGGUCCCAGUUUCGUUCCUGCAAACCAAGAUCAAAGUCUACGCUGCGAGUACCAUUCUGGUGCACCCGGUCACACCACCGACAACCGUUGGAAAUUGCGGGAGGAGGUUCAGAAGUUGAUCAACAGUAAUAAGAUCUCGUUCAAUGCCAUUAGGCCCUCGAACGUGCAAGCUUACCCUCUCCCUGAUCAUGGGUCGAGCUUGGGGCCCACCAUCAAUAUGAUCAGUAUUUGCACUGUGAGAGAGGACGAGAGCCAACAGAAGGGCCCUACUCCAUUUAUAAUCGAGUAUGUCCCCGCGGAAGCCACCGUAGGGUUCACAGGGUCUAGUGCAGCACCCACCCCCUUCAUAAUAGAAGUCCCCGCUCGAGAGCCGUACCAGGACAGCAAGGUCCCUUGGACUUACGAAGGAAGUGUCGGAAACCUGGAGCAGCAGUUCAGUGUCAUGGGCGUGACACGCUCGGGCCGGGUAUACACGAACCCUGAGAUCGCAGGCAAGGGAAAGGCUCCUGCUGCAUCCGGAGCUGCUCCGGAAGCCCCGCCUAUCCCGUAG